GUUCUCCUUUAAAUGAGACCCCGCCCAUUUAAUUGUACGCAUGCGCAGUUAUGCUCUGAGUCACGUGAAUGUGUAGUUCGUUGCGGGCGGCGGUGCAGUCGGUGUGGAGAAUGAAUGCAGGAAAUGGAACCAGGAGGAAAGCUGGACGGCAGCAGCAGAAUCAAAAUAUGGUGUACUUCGACCCUGAAACACGGACAGAGAUUAAAGGAUUAUUUAGUAAAGUUAAGACAUACAUCAGACCUGCAAAUGGGGAGUGGUGUAUUCCUGACCCAAAUGUUGCUUUCAAGUACCCUGCAGAGGAGCAAUCUCAUCUGCAGGCCCUGAAGGUGUCACUAAACGCUGUGAAGAAUCAGCUCAGUGACAAAAAUGUCCAGGUCUGGCACCAACACACCAACUCCACCAAUCGGGCUGGAAAGGUUAUCGCUGUUGUGCGUUCUGCUUCUAAUGCAGAGAUCUGCACUCAGGCCUGGUGUAAGUUUUAUGAGAUCCUGGGAACCUUUAAUCCUCUUCCAGAAGAGGCUCUGCACAAUGGUGAGCUGAACACUGUUCACCUGUGUGAAGCUCCAGGGGCUUUUAUAACCGCUCUGAACCACUACAUCAAAACCAGUGAAUGUACACGUUACUGUGACUGGAGCUGGGCUGCCAACACUCUCAACCCCUAUCAUGAGGCAAAUGGUGGGAGCACAACCAUUGCAGAUGAUCGAUUGAUUGCUAAUACGCUGCCAUGGUGGUUCUUCGGCUCAGAUAACACAGGCAACAUCAUGAUCCAGAAACAUUUACUGGAGCUGCAGGCGUUUGUGGGGAACAUGCACAGUGUCGACAUGGUGACGGCAGAUGGCAGUUUUGACUGCCAGGAGAACCCAGAUGAGCAGGAGGCGCUGGUGUCGUCAUUGCAUUACUGUGAGGCAACGGCUGCACUGCUGUUGCUGAGCCCCGGUGGCUCUUUUGUACUGAAAAUGUUCACCCUUUAUGAACACUCCUCUGUCUGUUUACUGUAUCUACUCAACUGUUGUUUCCGCUCAGUCAACGUAUUCAAACCUGCUACAAGCAAAGCAGGGAACUCUGAGGUGUAUGUUGUGUGUUUGCACUAUGACGGCAAAGAAGCAGUGAGGCCCCUGCUCUCGAAAAUUAUUCGAAAUUAUGGACCAAAUCUGGCCAACCGAGAGGCACUUUUCCCUAAUGCUCUUAUACCAGAGUCAUUUCUGAAACAGCAUGAAGAAGUGUGUGUUUACUUCCACAGGCUGCAGGUGGAGACGAUCACCGAGAACCUGCAGCUGUUUGAAAACAUGAGCACAGAGCAGAGGCAGCGGCUUGACAACAUCAGGGACUGUGUGGCACAGGAAUACCUGCAGCGCUUUCAGGUGAGCUUCCUUCCUCGGGGCCGAUGGAUUUCCCGUAACACUGUGAGUCCUGCUUGCUGCAGCGUCUCUGCGGGACGACCUCUGGGACAGAAGAAGCAAACAGGCUCCUUCAAUGAGCGGAGGGAGUUGCAGACCCUGAGCUGGAGGGAGCGUGUUGAGAGGGGUUGCCAUGCCACAUGGAUACAGAGACACUGCACUGAGGUGGCAGGGACCAGCUGUAUACUGCAAGGACCUCUGAUGGAUUGUCGGGUGGAUUCUUGGUACGUUAUUGUGGGGGCUGCAUUGCCAUCUGUAAGAAACUCUCCGUUCUGUGAUGGAGGACUGUUAAACCAUCUUAAUGAAGCCCUGAUAGACUCCGCCGACAGCUCAGCAGUAGACUGGACUCGUCUCGCUCCCUGUGACUCGUGCCAUGUGGUUUGCACGGCUUCAGUCUUAUCAGAUGUGGCAGGUCUUGGCAUAUUCACUGCUGACAGUGAUGGGAGUAAAAACAAGAAGAGUCAGUGUCUUGUGUUUGGCAGUCGCUCACUAUGGGGCGACUGUGAGAGCCAAAUCCAUGAUUUAGUCUUGACAUUUUCUGCAGAGCCAUCAUCUCCUCAAAGAGGCUGCAUCACACUGCAUGACGGGGAGGCUGUAUACCAGCAGGAGCUCUUAAACUGCCUUGUGUUCUCCCUGCAGAACCUGAGCCCUGGGGAUGCUCUGCUGCUGCCUGUGUUUUCUGCUCUCACCAGAGUCACUGCAGCUCUUGUCCUCUGCCUACAUUUGUGUUUUCGCUCAGUCACUUUCAGGUGCCCGUCCCCCUCAGGCCACAUCGGGGCAGUACUCGUCUGUGUUGGCUUCUGCCCGGAAGUCGCUGCCAGAAUACUCCCCAUUCUCAAUGAAGUCCAGACCUGCAUGGGUCAGCUGUUGGGAGGAAAGGAGGACACAGUUGGUGACAGACAGGUGCUACAGUUUGUUCCCAUGGAGGAGCUCCUCACUGGAGGCCUGAUGGAGUUCCUCUGGACCAUGAACUCUGAAAUUAUCCAACAGAAACUGCAUUUGCUUAUGCUGUCAUAGUGCAGUGUAGUGACCUGUGACUCAGACAUGGAUGUGAUGUCAUUAUGUUCUUGAAUCAUCAGACUGUGUAACUACAUGAACCCAUUGAAUCAUUUUCAUAUGUACAUAUUAAGUUACUUUACACACGCUUUACUCAAGUUCAUUCCCAGAAAUAUGUAAAUGUGCCACAAAUAGUUUGCAUGCGACAUCACAGCCUGAAGUUACAAAGUUGCAAUUCAUGAAAAUGCUAAUUCCUUUUUGUACUUGAUCAGCGGAAUUCGUCUGCGAUUGAAUUCACUGAGGGUUUUUGGGAAGUUAACAAUAAGCCAAACCUCCUGUCAGUCACAGACGGUUAGUGUUUCAAUCCACAUCACAGACUCAUAUUCCCCAAAGUGCCUUUUGUCUUCAGCAAUGCAGGAUUUGUUCUAGUUGAAAGGGAAUGUUUUUGCCUUUUAGUUAACGUGUCAUGUUACAGUUUAACAACUGUGUGGAACAUCUUUUAUUCACUUUUAUAUCAGGGUGCACUGAUGUUUUUUUUUGUUUUUUUUUUUUACUUCAGUUUGUUUUGCUGUAUUUGAUAAAGAGCUGGGGGAAGAUUGAACAUUAAUGUAGAGAAAUAUUUCCUUUAAACACGUAUGUGUUGAUUUUAGUCUCUUUUUUCUUUAAUAUCUAUAACCUAAGUGUUUAUUUUAUUAUAAAAAAUAAAAGUGUCAAUUGAAACUUUAUAAAGCCUAUAAUUUCUGUCCCACUUAAUUUAAUCAGUUUUUUAAGGACAAAAGAAUGUUCUUUAUCUUGUAUGAAUAGUGAUAUACAUUAUGUUUCUUGAUAUAUUUAAGUGGAUGAAAUGUCACUAAACACUGACUGCACAGUUUAAAACAGAUUACAGUGGAUGAACCAGACAGAGUGCUGACAAACUCACUAAUUUGUCACAGAUUGAAACAUUACAAAAAAUCCAUGAUUGAGUAGUCUCUGUAAAAUAAUAGCGUUUAACUUAAGAAAUGAAUGUGUGUCAAUGACAGAGAGGGCAUGCCCAGCAAAAUGCCGAAACUUAUCUUGACACUUUUGAUGAACUGCCCAGCCAAAAUAAAAAGAAAAAGAAAAGGAAAAUUGGGUGUAACAGUAAGUAGAAAAGAGCUUUCCAUUGGAUAGUUACUGCUGUGAUUAAUCAACCAUUAAUUUGCUAGAAACCAUAAAUGUUCUUUGGAAAAAAGAUCCAGAUUGAUCCUGUUCCAGAGUGAUGGGCGCAUUAGGGUAAGAAGUGAGAUGGAUGAAGUGAUU